CUCACAGUAGAGUAAACGGGAGGCCCAAAGGCAAGGUGUAAUCUUAUCAUGUAUGAUGUUUGAUUGAGUACCUACUUCGAAGAAGUGAAGGAGGAACGAGGACGUCAGAUGUACGAUUAAUCCUCGGUGCCCGCCAAGAAUGCAGUUUAUUUAGUUUCACGGAAUCACUACUAGUACAGCGAACUUCAGUAGACGAGAAGAUGGCCGCUGACGAACAAGAAGCUGCUGGUGACGCGACCUUACCACCAGUUGAAGACUGGGGCGCGGCUGAGUGGCGCUGGGCCUUGAAUCAAUACGGAUCGCAAAAAAAGAUCGACUUGGAAGCCCGUGCAAAGCACCUCUACGGUGGGCACGGUAUUUUGAUCCAUACCAACCACUCAGUAGCUCUCCAUGUAACAGUAGCUCUAGCUCUUUAAGUUACUCGAGACAACAUACAACUCGCUGAAAGUGCUAGCACCAGCAAGAGUUCGUCUUAUUGCUUUUUCUUAAUGCGUAUAUGUAUAUAAUAUAGAUAUUUUUCUUCGCGUUAUAAAGUUAAAGAUGAACUGCGUUAGAACUACUGAAACUGCGGAUCCUGGGAUUAGAAGACCAGGAGGAGAACAAGCACGGGUUUUAUAUUAGACAAGUGGUGCUGGCGCUCGCGGGACGUAGUUGUACUUCUAGUUCUACUCACAAUGACAGUCAAGCGAACGAUAACGCACCACCAUCCACCUAGGUACGAGAGGAGGCACAGCGAUUCAUGAAAGAUUUUUGGACGACUUGGCUACUUUCCUGCCACCCCGACGCGGCGGUGGAAGUACCCAGGAUAAGCGAGAACAAUUUGACGCAGUUUCCAGUGUAAUGCGGCGUAUGGGUCGCAAGGGUGGCACUGUGGACGACCUUCUCGAACGAUUAGCGAGGCUCGAGGCAAAGCUGGAGACAAAAAACCCGAAUGUCAGCGGACCACGUGCUGCAACUGGGUCGCCUGAAAAAG